AUGGCACAUUUUCCGACCCUCCCCGAGCCAAGCUGGGCAGCUGGAAUUCACGAGGUUCUACCAGCGCAGUAUCUCCUCGUCGCGCUGAAGGAGCUGACUGUCGUCGCACCGCAUCAUUCAGGUGUACGACAAGCCGUGAAAGAAGCGGGCGAGCUAGUGAGAGCCGAGGCAUUGAGGCAUAUCAAAGUCAUGCUUCGAAAGGACACCGAUUCAGAUCCUACUGCUAGUAUCAUGGCGAUGCACUCCUUUCUUGCAUUGGGCUUGCAUGUACCAACAUUCUACCGCGUCGCAAAGGGGUUCCUGUUGGAUUUCCAGGACAAUUCGGAAGGCGCGAUAUUGCUUCUCAAGGGGCUUGAUGGCGGGAUAUGCCGUGUCCAGUUCACAUUUCCCAUGUUCAAAGACGUGCUGGAUUACUUUCGCCAUAACAAGGUGCAAGGACUCGGUCCGUAA